AUGUCCGACGAGGACACCUUCGACCACUUCUUAACGAAGGUGGGAUUCGGACGAUGGCAGUUAUUCCCCCUUGCCACCACCUUAUUGGUGUUGUACAUACUUGGGAUUCAUCAGUUCUCAUCAUCUUUAGUGAGUGCUCCAGUGGCUUUCCGCUGCUUCCCUGAUGCUCUGCCGUCUGACGGGGUGCCUCACUUACUUCCUUAUAGAGAAGGCAACGACUCGUCCAACAGCAGCCAAGUCUACUACAACAGUCAGUGUCUUGAGCCUCACAACCUGUCUGUCACUCUGGAAGCCUCAGACAUCCCGCGUGGCUCAGCCCGCCACAAGACCAGCAUGUCUUCAUGUCCCAUCAUUGAAUAUGACACUUCCAUCUUCUCCUCCACUGUUGUAUCUGAGUAUGAUCUAGUGUGCGAGGAUCUGCCACUUCAGCCUUUCUACCAGAUGAUGUUCAACGUUGGAGAGAUACUUGGAAGUUUCAUUGGUGGGCACAUUGGAGACAGGUGGGGCCGCAGAAAAGCCGUGCAAAUUGGCUGUAUAGCUAAUAUCCUGUCAGUGCUGGGUACUGCAUUAGUACCAGUCUAUCCCUUCAUAUUAGUAAUGCGGUUCAUCACAGGCUGCACAUGCGUAGGUACUCUAAUACCUGCCUGGAACUUGGUUCUGGAGUCGACGCCAUCCAAGCGACGAAGCCUGGUUGGAAUGUUGUCCGGGUUGCCAUAUUCUGUUGGUGUGGGGGCUUUCGCAGGCGUGGCUUACUGCAUCAGGACAUGGCGCUAUCUGCUGCUCGUCUGCUCUUCUCCAGUUCUUAUCCUCAUUCCAUUGUCAUUCAUUGUGGACGAGUCGCCCCGGUGGUUGGUCCAACAGGGCAGGGCCGAGGAAGCCACUACAGUUCUGCAAAAAGCUGUUCGUCUGAACAAUGUGAAGCUUUCAGAAAACGUUUAUUCCAUAGUGAAUAAUAUAAUUGAGGCCAGCAAGAGAAAAAAUCAAGUUAAAAGCGAAGCACCUACGUCAUCUGGCCUGGUGGAGUUUUUUCAUCAGCUGUCUCUGUAUGUUCGUAGCCCGAGCAUGAGGACCAUCCUGCUAGUGACCUCCCUGCUCUGGUUCCUUCAGAGCGGCCUCUUCCUGGGUGUCGCCAUCAAUGCUAACAACUUUACCAGCACCAACCCUUUCCUGUACGUGGCGCUCACGGGAUUGAUGGACGGGAUUGCAGUACUAGUGACCACCCCAGUUACACCCUACCUAGGCCGACGCACCAUAGUAGGCCUGGGGCUCUUUGGUGGAAGCGUAUUACUUUUCCUGGAUCUUUUGGUAUCAACUGAUUAUUAUUGGGCCAAGUGGAUCCUUGUAAUGGCAGGUUUUCUGAUGGUGGCAGGAGCAUUCCAAGUGAACUUAGUGUUCGCGCCGGAGCUGUUUCCCACAGAAGCCCGGUCACGAGGCUUUGCUUUUGUCAAUAUGAUGGGCAGCAUUGGAUUCAUAUUUGCUCCCCUCGUUACUACCAUGGUUGCUCGGUACGCGUGGUGGGCGGCGGGGGUGACCUUCGGGUGUUCUGGCAUAGUGGGCGGCUUCAUGGUCAUCUUCCUCCCAGAGACCAAUAACCAGCCGCUUCCUGAAACACUGCAAGACGUGGAAGACAGAGCCCAAAGGUCGAGACAACGAGGCGUGGCAAACAAAGCUUAUGAAAAUGGAGAAACUGAUAUAAAAGUAUGAACCGUCCAAUUAUAUAUCCAUCUCUUUAUAUCCAGAGCCACAUUUUAUAUCGGCAAAAACUAUCCAGUCUCUCUGGACUCAUAUUUACCCCUAUAUCAUAUUAUUCCAUAUACUUCGACCAAAUUACUUUCUUCGGUCGCAACUGCACUUCAUCAACUCGACUGCAAUGCAUGGAAAU